AUGCUGUUAGAGUUCGGGAGUUCGGUGUUGAACAUUGGGUGGGGCGGGGUGGGGCAGGAGAAAGAGGAGCACGAGAAGCAUCGGGCGGAGCUCAAAGAGCGGUUGAGACAGGAUUACAUCGACCGGUUUGGAUGUGAACCGCCAGAGGAGAAGGAAGAGGAGACGGUCAAGGAGAAAAGUAGCAAGGAUCAGCUGGCUUUCCACUUGAACAGGCUGAAGAAGAACUACAAGGACACAGACAAGGAGGGAUUGAAGACCUGCCUCAACACGCUGAAGAUUUACAUCAAGAAUCUCCACGAGAACCCCUUGGAAGCAAAGUUCAAGAAACUGAAGCUGGACAACAAGGCCUUCCAGACAAGAAUAGCUCCUUUUGACGGGGCCAUAGAUGCGCUUGACAUCCUCGGCUUUGAGAAGAAGGAGGACUGCUUGGAGCAGCGCAAGUCCACUCCCGAUGGCUUCCUCUGUGGCCAAGCACUCAAGUUCAUCGACCUAAUCAUGGGCCAGAUCUGA